AUGGCGGGCAGCUUCCACGUGUUGCACUACCGCGUUGGCGGCGUGCCCCUGUGGCACGAGCGCCUCGCGCUUGGCGUCAACGGGGGCCUUGCCUACAUCCUCACUCCCGACUUCGACGACUACGACGAGCCCAUCAUCGUCGGCCCCGACGUGCGAGCGUUCCUGCAGCUCGCGGGCCAGGGCGACACGCCGCCAGCCCUGGCGGGCGCCGCGGCACUCCGCUUCCGCCGCCUCCCGACGGCCGCGGAGCUGUGGGCGGCUGUCGCACGCUCGGUGGCCGCGGGCUACCCGAGACCCGCCGACCCGCUGCCGCUGGCGCUCGCGGCGGGCAACGUGGCAGGCGCCCUGCCUGGUCCCUUCCCGCUGGCGGACCCUGCGGCUGCGGCCGCCCUGCCGCCUGCGGCCCUGCCGCCACCACCUGGCGUGGGAGGUGCGGCGCCGCCCGCGGGGGCUGCGGCCCCGCUGGCGAUACCCCCCGCGGCAGCGGCCGCUGCGGCGGCCCCUCUCGGCGUCGCCCCUGGCGUCGCUGCGCUGGCCGCCGCGCUGGGAGCCGUCCCGCCUGGCCCCGCGGGGGCCUUGCCGCUGGUGCCAGCACCCGGAGUGGCGGCUGCGCUUCCCGCCGCCGCCCCUGCGGCGCCCGCCCCCGUCGGCGACUUCAGGAUCCUCCCGAUGCUGCUCAACCCGCGGGGCGAGCGCGAGAGGAGGUUCGGCGAGACCGUCAACGCCCUCUCGGAGACGGCCGUGCAGGGCUGGCCUGUGCAAGGGCCGAGGACCCUUCUCUGGUGCCUGUCCUUCAUGUCGACGAUGGCGGGUACGCCUACGGCGUGGCAUCAGAGGUGGCUUACGUCGAUGGCGUUGUCCGACGAGGACGAGUACGCGAAGCUCCACGAGACCCUCUGCCGCGUCUUGGACAUCGCCGUCGCGUGCGACCAGCUGCAGAUCGCCGAGAUGGCCUCGUUCGAGAUCGUCGCUCGCCAGCUCCAGCUCCUGGAGGAGCGGGUGUACGAGACGCGAUCGGCACCUCCGAGCGGCGCAGCCCCCAAGGCCAAGGCCGCUGCCAGAGGCGGCGCCGCAGCUGGGGGUGCUGCCUGGCGUGAGUGGUACAGCGGCGCGGUGCCCACUCUCAACCACAUGUACCACUGCGACCCGAACGAUGUGAUCAGACCGCCUCCUGGUCUUCCUACGCGCGCUCGUAGUGACGCUGAGGAGUAUAUUGCUCAACAGUAUCGCGAUUUCGAACUACCUCCUGGAUAUUCCGAAUCUCCUCUAAGAUGCGAGGCAGCCCUCGGAGAGUUGCUCGCAUCGGCGCCUGGGUACUCUGGAGAGUCUCGGGUAAGACCCUACAACAAGGAGCUCGUCUCCUGGCCGAAGCACGUGGCGCCUGUCCCGACGGCCGACCUCGUUUCUGAAGCUGAUCGUUCUACGUUGUCUGGGUGGAGGCAUCAAAUGCUACGUGACCCUGCUGAUGCAGCUGCACUCAGGAAGGACUCGGGGCUGGGGUCGCCCGAUGUGGAUCCACGUCUUCGAUGUCGGCCUCGGGGGUAUGCUGAUUUUCUGCUACGCCUGGAUCAGGCUGGCAUGCUUGACUGGGAGGUCGCCGGACGUCAGGCUACCUACUCUACUGGGUUUUUCUUUGUCGAAAAGUCCAACGGCAGCUCCAUGCUGGUGGGCGGCGCUGCCAUCCCUCCGCUGCGGAAGGACUCCGACGUCAUCGGCGCGGGCUACGUAGACAACUUUGCCACCGUGUCUCUCGACCCUGAUGUGGCCGCGACGGCCUGCCAGGCCAUGCGCGACGUGCUCGCGUCGAGGGGUCUGCCCGUCGACGAGUUCGCCCCCGCGGCCAAGCGCGUGGUCUUCACUGGCUUGGACAUCCUCGGCGACGUCGGCAUCGUCCGGUGUAAGUUCGACAGGCUCUGCCGGUGGCGUCAAGCCCUUCUUGGUCUACUUAGGCGUGGCUUCGCAUCGCCUCUGGCCUUGUCAGCAGUGGUGGGUCACUGUACUUGGGGUAUGAUCACCAAUAGACCCAUGCUGUCGAUCUUCAACUCGGUCUACCGCUUCAUGGGCCUGGACUCCCGCUUGGCCGCGCCGCUGUGGCCGUCGGUCAUCGCAGAGUUGCGCGCGGCAGCCACCCUCACACCGCUAUGGUGGGCCGACGUCAGAGCAGAGUGGUCGGCGACUACCUUCUGCAGCGACGCCUCCCCCUACGGCAUCGGGGUCUGCCGCAAGACCGUCGACCAGGAGGUCGCCGCGGCCGCUGGGCGUUUGUCUGACAGAUGGCGCUAUCGGUUCUCCGACGCCGUGCACGCCCGUGCGCGCGCUCUCGGGAUCGAGCCUCGCAUUGUGUUAGAAGCUGCCGUGAACAAAAAUUGCCUCAAAGAGUGCAGCCACAGUCCGAGGCCUCCCAAGAUCCCUGGGGGCCCUCCGUCUACGGCAUCAUCGUUACAUCAACCAGCUGACGCUGCUUCCCUCGACGGCUUCGACGAAGUUCCCGACUCGAUCGCGGCUUUCGACGGCUGGGCCACGAUGCACAGUUCGCGUCACCCGAGGUUCGGCUUGGACAUUAUGCGAUACGAGGCGGAGGCUCUCGGGUUUGCGAUGCGACAUUCGGCUCGGUCUGGACGGCUUCGUCAUCAUCGCAUCUUGUUCACCGUCGACAAUUUGGCUCUGGCACUUGCCGCCGGCAAGGGCCGUUCUGGCGCCCGAGGCCCUCGCGACCCUCUACGCCGUCUAUGCGCCCUGUCGGCGGCCUCGGGCAUCCGCCACGCCAUUCGGUGGAUCCCCAGCGAGAGCAAUGCCGCGGACUCGCCGUCCGGGACAGGCUUCUUCGUCGGGCCGACCUUCGAGGAGCACCAAGCGAAUGCGACCAGGGCCCAUCCUGGGCCAGUGCUGCUCGCCCGAGGGGCCCUGUCGGCGCUGGAGUCAGCCGCCGUGUCGGACACGACCGUGGCCAACUACUGGGGCGCCGCCAAGAAGUUCGAGGAGUGGUGCCGCUGGACGUCCCAGACGUUCUCCACGGCAGCGGAGGUCGAUGUCAUCCUAGUUACCUACUUCGUGAACCUCUUUCUGGACGGCUUCGACAGUGCCACGGGCCGUGUACUCAUGGCCUCUCUGAAGCACUACCUGCCCGCGAUCCUCGUUGGCAGGGCUCCGUGCCCACGGGCGGCUCGCGCCUUGACAGGCUGGCGGGAGCUCGUUCCCCCACAGAUGCGACUCCCUCUACCUCGAGCGGCGAUGGCGUCCAUCGUGGGCGUCCUGAUCUCGUGGAAGCUCUUCGGCAUGGCUGCGUUCAUCAGGCUGAUGUUCGACACCUACCUGAGGCCAAGCGAGGCAUGCCGCCUCACGGCGGGGAGCGCGAUGCGACCUCGACCCGACGGCGCCCUGGGAUACGGCCACUGGGCCCUGAUCGUCAACGACGCCUGCUUCGACCGCCCUGGCAAGACAGGCGAGAUGGACGAGAGCGCGAUUGUCGACAAGCAGACCAUCUGGCCGCUCCUGGAGGCCUUGGUGCACGGCAAGGGCCCGAUCGACGGCCUUUGGACCUUCGCCCCCGACGAGGUGCGGAGCAUGUUCCGUCGAGCGGCAGCUGCCCUCGGCCUGGAGACCGAGUUGACUCUCUACUCGCUCCAUCAUGGGGGCGCGUCCGACGACCUGUUGCCGCUCAGGCGCACGAGGAAGGAGGUCAAGGACCGCGGCCGCUGGAGGACGGACCAGAGCCUCCUCCGCUACGCGAAGCGGGCCCGCAUGCAGCAGCGGAUCGCCAACCUAGGCCAGAACGUCGUCGAAUUCGGCGAGCAGGUGGACAGGCAGAUGAACGACGUCAUCAUCCAGACCACGGCCUCGGGCGUCUUCCCGCUGCAGGCGCCGCUGGCCGUGGCGCCGACGCACUGCCCUGCGCUGGUGCUCGGCAGCGACGGUGGCGCGGCCCACGCCUUGCAGCGGCUGGGCUUCGGCGUCGUGCACCUCGACCCGAGUCGCCACGCAGGCGACGACAUCACCGGUCCCGGAGAGCGGGCCGUCCUCCGGUCCGCCGCGCUGGCCGAGGAGAGCGCCCAGGACGUGAGCGCGCUCGUCGCCAAGUUCGGCGAGGAGAGCAUCGAGCGCGACGCGACGCUCCGGGAGGAGGAGGAGGCGGUGGCGCUCGGGCCCCGGCUGCGGGAACUGAAGCGGCGCGUGGUCGCCGACCUCCGCUUCAAGGCCGCGGUGCGCAGUACGUGCUCCGACCUCGCGGUGGUCCGCCCCGGCUGCUGGGACGUGGCGCCCUCCGCGCUGUUCUGCAGGGCCCUCGGCCGCGCCGCGCUCGAGGCGCACGGCCCCACCGGCGUGCUCGAGGCGAUGCUGCGGCACGGAGACGCGGCGUGA